GGAGAACCUGUCCUUGCAGACCCUGGGCUCGGUCCCGGGCGCCGGAGGGUGGGCUCAGCCAGAGGUGGGCUCGAGUCCCGCACCUCCUGCCCAGCCACCCCAUGCCCGCCGGGCGUGAGAGCGGGACCUGGCCGAAGGUGUGCCCGGGGUGGAAGGAAGCGGCCUGCAUGCUGCGCGGGGCCCCCAGCCCAUCGCCUGGAAGAGCCCACUCUCCCCGGAAGAUAGACCAUCCUUGAAGAGGAUGACUGAGACAUUAUGGGUCACGCACUGUGUGUCUGCUCCCGGGGAACUGUCAUCAUUGACAAUAAGCGUUACCUCUUCAUCCAUAAACUGGGGGAGGGUGGGUUCAGCUAUGUGGACCUAGUGGAGGGGUUACAUGAUGGACACUUCUACGCCCUGAAGCGAAUCCUGUGUCAUGAGCAGCAGGACCAGGAAGAGGCCCAGCGAGAGGCGGACAUGCACCGCCUCUUCCAGCAUCCCAACAUCCUUCGCCUCAUGGCUUACUGUCUGAAAGAGCGAGGUGCUAAGCAUGAAGCCUGGUUGCUACUACCCUUUUUCAAGAGAGGUACACUGUGGAAUGAGAUAGAAAGGCUGAAGGACCAAGGCAACUUCCUGACUGAAGACCAAAUCCUUCCAUUGUUGCUGGGUAUCUGCAGAGGCCUUGAGGCUAUUCAUGCCAAAGGUUAUGCGCACAGGGACCUGAAGCCCACCAAUAUUUUGCUUGGUGAUGAGGGGCAGCCAGUGUUAAUGGACUUGGGUUCUAUGAAUCAAGCGUGUAUCCAGGUGGAGGGCUCCCGCCAGGCCCUGGCUCUACAGGACUGGGCGGCCCAGCGGUGCACCAUCUCCUACCGGGCCCCUGAGCUGUUUUCUGUGCCGAGCCACUGUGUCAUCGAUGAGCGGACUGAUGUCUGGUCCCUAGGCUGCGUGCUUUAUGCCAUGAUGUUUGGGGAAGGCCCUUAUGAUAUGGUGUUCCAGAAGGGUGACAGUGUGGCCCUUGCCGUGCAGAAUGAACUCAGCAUCCCACAGAGCCCCAGGCAUUCUUCAGCCUUGCGACAGCUUUUGGCCUCUAUGAUGACUGUGGACCCCCAGCAGCGCCCUCACAUUCCUGUCCUCCUGAGUCAGUUGGAGGCAUUGCAGCCACCGACUUCAGGCCAGCACACCACCCAGAUCUGAUCAAAGCCAUGGGCAUGUUGGGAAGAUGACCUUGAAGCGGCUUUCAGCUUUCACUGGAACUUCCUUCCGUUCUCCCCAGGAUGGGUCUUAACAGCUAGGGGCAAGAAUGGUGGGUCCUUGUGUGUUCUGCUCUCUUAUCCCAGUACCUGGGCAAGGAGCCUAGGGUGAGGUGAGGGGGAAGUAUAACAGAAAAUAGAGCUCAAAGCUGGACUGCUGGGCACACAUCAUGUUCUAUCUCCAAAUCUGGGAGCAGGAGAAUACAUAAAAAGGAGAAUAAAGUGAAAACAGGCUGUAUUUUA